UGUUCAGACACAUUGCAAAUUAGAAAUAAGAAAUGACAGGCCAAACAAAGAAGGUUUUCCUUAUGGGAUAUUUACUCUUGUUUUUGCUUGUGGGCAUUAGUUGUUGUUGCUUCAAGGGAGUGAAUGGGGCAGGGGAAUGUGGAAAAUCAACAUCACCUGAUUUUGAAGCCCUGAAGCUGAUUCCAUGUGCCUCUGCUGCCUCAGACACAACUUCAAUCCCUUCGGCUAGCUGCUGUAGGCAGGUGAGGAAUCUGGGCAAGAACCCUAGCUGUCUAUGUGCAGUUAUGCUCUCAAACACUGCUAAGAACUCGGGGGUCAAAGCUGAGAUCGCCAUCACCAUUCCCAAACGCUGCAACAUUCUGAACCGCCCCGUUGGUUACAAGUGUGGAGAUUACACUCUGCCUUGAAGAUUGAAGAGAGGAAAGACUUGCUGCUACUGCAAUAGCUAUUUGUAAGUAGCUGGUGCAUGAUUAUGUAUAUUAUGAUUCUACUAAUAAAUCUGCACCUUUGUGAUUCAGAAAAUUAACUGAAUAAAACUAUCAUUGAAAUGUUUAUCAA